AUGCAAGUAAUGUCCUCGCCCAUCCUGGCUAGUGAGCAAAUUGGUUAUCGACGUGAUGAGGUUCACGGGACGACUCUUGUCAAUACUCCUGGCGGUCAGGUUCCUCCAGAAAGAAUACAUUUGGUACCAAAUGGUGCUUGCGUACACCAAGCCGACGGCUUCAUUCAUAUUAUCGCACAGAACGGGACCAAGCUUCACACCGCUUCAGUGUCAGGAAACUCAAGUACUGCUAGACAUGGAAGUGUCAGUCCGCAUGUACGAAGAUCGUUUGGCUCAGGAUAUGUUGCCUAUACAUGGUGGAACAAUCCCAGUUCCAGUCCUAUCGCACAUUUUACAACUACGUGGACAGUACCCGACUCGCCGCAAAACAUUGACGGUCAACUUCUGUAUUUGUUCAAUUCAAUGGAGCCAGACUCUUUCAACGCCAUUUUACAACCUGUACUGCAGUAUGGUGUCUCUCCAGCGGGAGGUGGAGAUUACUGGUCAGUAGCCUCAUGGUGGAUUGUGGGAUCGGAAGUAUACCAUAGCUCGCUUACACCUGUAACGCCUGGACAAUCACUCCAGGGAGUCAUGACCCUGAUUACGCCGUCGGAUGGAAGCAACAGUUAUAACUACAGUUCGGCCUUUACAGGAAUACCCGACUCUGAAAUUUCAAUCUCGUCCUUACAGGAGUUGACCUAUGCAUGGGAAGCUUUGGAAAUCUAUACCGCGUCUGGAGCAACUGAUCUUCCUCGUGGACGAACAGCUAUGGGUUCAAUUAAUUUAUUUACACAAGAUGGUCAGACUCCUCUGCUUUUCUGGGACUCCAGUGACGAUGGUAACGACGGAUUUAAAGUAGAAGUAGUGGCUGAUGGGGCAGUCAAUGGUCAAGUUGACCUCGUCUACCCUCUUCAAUAG